UCCAGUUACAUUCAGUUUAUACAUUGUUAUUAGUUAUUCAUGAGCAUGUGUGAUUUGACAGAGGAGAGUUCUCGUCCAGUAAAGACAGCUUGGAAUACAACAGUUAUCUGACUCUAGUCAGGACUACUGUCACAAAUCGCAGACUUUUGGUGACUGGAUUGAGUCUUCUGACAUCCUGGUUUUAAAUUUCCUACAUUCAACAGGAUGUAAUUAAAUGAUUUUUAUCUCCGAGAUGGAUUCUCCAUUGCUUCAGAAAUUGGAAAUAUUCAACUUCAGGGUUUGAAAUAUUCAUUAUUUUGUUCUGUUAAAAUUAAUUAUAACUGUGAUAUUGUUAUGCUGUACACAUGCUAUAGAAGUGACGACUUUCGUUCAUUACUGCUACUGUCUUUCAUCGUUUGUGUCUCUACAUGGUGAAUACAUGCACUCGUAGUGAUAAAAUCAAUUUCUAUAAUUUGAUUGGAAAGUCUUGAAAUUGAAUUACCAGAAUUUUAAAUGUUCGGAAAUAUGCAUUCUUGGAUACUAUGGGCAGUGUGUGUUUUCUUAUUUAUGUCUCAAUGGGAUGUUUGUGAGUUUAAACGACAACGCGGAAGAGGUCACAAAGAAAAGCUCCCCAGAAAGUUGGACAUUAAUGAGAAUGUAGUAAGGAUGUGGGCAGACAAGUUCAGCAGAACAAUUACGGAAGAAGUCAAGAAAUUUACAGCAUACAACGCCAUCAGAAAAAAAUAUCAAAAACUUACAAGUACCCAUCGCUGGAGUCCUGAAAUCCUCAUCAAGAGAACUGCUCUAAGCAUCAAGCGUUUACUACAAAGCAAAGUCCGAGCUGUCAGGAAUCUGGUUGCGGUUGCUGAAGAAGCCAGUAGAAACCAUACAUUUGAUGAGCAGCUUCAGUUUGACUACCUUAACAACAAGAAACUCCUGACAGAUGCAGACCUCCUGAUGAUGGGGAUCAAUCGUACAAAUCCUGACGUAGUACGACCGCCACCAAGAACUCACAAUGUCACCAAGUCAACUGGGGGUGGCCAGGAGGCAAACUUCCACAGUGACGUGAUGCUGGUUGGAGUGGGGACGACUACAAUGGCUAAAUAUCGCUACCUCCCCACGGUCAAUAGUCCGAGAUUUAAUAACGCGGCGGUGAACUUUAACACCAGUACCAUACAUGUUCCCACAAAUGUUUAUGACAAAAAUGCUUUGAUUCAAAAUGGAGUGAAAUGGUCUGAAGCUCUAAAUGAGAGAAUGUUGCAGAAUGAUCGAGAAAUUAAAGGCCUGACUUGGCAGUAUUUCUGUAGCUCAGAUGGAUUCUUCAGAAUUUUUCCUGGUAUUCGGUGGCCCCAGGACAACAAGGGAGGUAAUAUUGACAUGUUUGACUGCCGAGUCAGAAACUGGUACAUUGAAUCUUCCUCCUCACCUAAGAAUGUGAUCAUUUUGGUGGACACGAGUGGUAGUAUGAAGGGGCUGAGAAUGGAGAUCACUCGCAGUACUAUUGAAAGAAUUCUAGAAACUUUCAGCAGUAAAGACUAUUUUAACAUAAUAUCAUUUAACAAAAAUGUGACGUACUUGGACCCAUGUUUUAAUGGCACAAUGAUGCAGGCGAAUAAAGAGAAUCGAGAAAGAUUAGCGGGAUACAUCAAGAACCUGAAGACGUCAUACAUAGCCAGGUUUGACAAAGCCCUGACGGAGGCCUUUAAUCUGUUUGAGAGGGAGGAGGCGGCCUGGGGUUCACCUCUAUGUAACAAAGCCAUCAUGCUCAUCACAGACGGGGCGCCGGAGGGCUACGAAAAAAUAUUUGAAGAACGAAAUUGGCAAUCAGAGAACAGGAAACCUGUACGGAUGUUCACCUUUCUGAUUGGUCGAGAAGUGUCAGACAACAGGAAUGCCAAAUGGAUGGCUUGUGCAAAUAAAGGUUACUAUUCCCAUAUAUCAACUUUGGCUGAUGUCUCUGAAAACGUACAGCAUUACCUAAAGGUACUGAGUCGCCCUAUGGUGAUACAGAGGAAGAGGAACGCCAUCUGGACGCCGCUGUAUGCUGAUUAUUCUACAGAAGUCUCCCCCGAUCUUUCUGAUGGCCUAAAGUUUCUGACCUCCUAUGCACUACCUGUGUUUGACAUGAAGGACAAAUCUAAAACAGAAGGGAACCUGCUGGGAGUUGUAGGGACUGAUGUCCCUGUAGAUCAAAUUAAAGCUCGUAUCCCUUACAACAAGCUCGGUCCCAAUGGUUAUGCCUUCGUUGUCACCUCUCAGGGAUACGUCUUAUUCCAUCCAAACCUCCGCCCAUUCUAUUUCAAGAGACUGUCUCGAGAGCCUGGACUGAAGGCCAACUUCAGCAGCGUAGAUAUCACAGAGGUCGAAUAUGUAUCCAACAAUGCAGAGUUACAAAUGCUGAGAUUGGAAAUUUUAAAAGCCUCAGGUUACGCAAAUUACAGCAUAAAAAAUGUUGUCGUGCCUUAUGAUGGAAGAAAGCGUGUUUCGGUAGUUGACUUCACCUAUCAUAUAUACCCCAUUGGAGAAACAGGCUUUAAACUGGUGUUUGCUGUGCCUACAGAUUAUGGAACUACAUUAGUUAAUACUAAAGUGUCUUACGGAUCAAACCAAUUGUCAUAUUUCAUGGAUAACAAUACCAGAUUUGCACCUUGGAGAUUCUGUAGAAACGAUGAUAUACUUUUGGCGAAGGGUGAUGAAAGGAAACGAUCACUGUACAACCUUUUUUAUAUUGAAGGCGGAAGGUGCGAGAACAACAAAAUGGCCAAAUUUGAUGUCAUCAGUUUGCACGAUGUUGUUGAACUUUGGAAGUCUGUGUCAACCUACGAGAAUACAAAAAGCUACUAUGCAUCAAAUUUCUCUGUCCAGCUUUUCGGGAAUAAACAUGGUAUUGCGUUGAUUUUCCUGGGAACAAAGAGUGGAAUCACACGCUUCCUCAACACAGACCUCCUACCGUCUAGUCUGGAGUUUAUAAACUUAAAUGAACGGACGGUUGACAGCAUGUAUUACAAACGAGCGGUAGAGGGACGGGUACAAGAUGGCUACAACUUCACAUUUUCGAUGCCGGUUGGUGAAGCUUACACGGGAGAUGAGAAUAAUGUUGUCACUAUCAGCGUCCCGCUUGAGUUAAAUAUUGCACAAGUAGGACCGGCCAAGGACUUAUUCCCAAUGGUCCUGGGACUUCAGAUGAAAUACCAGCAAAUCCAGACAAUAAUCGCGGAUAUAAUACAAAAGUGUUGGAACAUAUCUGAUUGUGAUAUUACAUGUUCCAGUAUUCGUGUUAACUGUUACUUAAUGGAUAACAAUGGUUACGUAAUAAUGAGUAAAGAGCGUGCGGAGGUCGGAGGUUUCUUUGGUGAUGCAAAUGGGGCUAUGAUGCGGGAAAUGUUAGACAGACGUUUGUUUCAAGAGAUAAACUUCAUGGACUACCAAGGUAUGUGCGAGUCUAAUGAUAGUGGGGAAGAUGAAAGCUCAGCUAAUCGUCUCAUAAAUCCAUUUAAAACAAUACUAAGCGUGAUUCUGUGGACAUUUGGUGAAAUUGCAUUGUUUUUAUCACAGUGGUCUUUUCAAAGCUGGUUCCAUUCCUUCCAUCGAUCUGAAGCAUCACCAACCAGUACCGAUUGCCAAACGUUGGAGUAUAACGUGGCGGACAUGACCCCAGAUCUCAAAGAUCUGUUUUACUAUCAUUACAAGAAGAUGGCGCAGUGUCAGCCGAGCUUCGUAAUCAACCCCUGCCAUAAAAACAUGACCUUGUACAAAGCUGAUUUCCGACGUUUACGAAUUCCACGGAUAAAGGGAACCAUUUAUGGUUGCGACCAAUGUAAUAUAUCUUACGUGGUCCAGUGGAUUCGAGACACGAACCUGAUUUUUGUCAUCUCCUCGGCAGGCUGUGACUGUACCGGGCGGCCAGGCUUCGAACAGCCAAACUAUGGCCCGGUGGCAGUACCUCAAACAGAGACACACUUUUGUAGUCGCCUAGAAAAUCAGUCAAGUCAAAGAAGACAAUCAUUUGGCAGGAAAAAUUUCAAAUGUAUAGAUGCGGAUGAUGACACAGAGGACGAUACGCGUUGUGGACAGUGUCAGAUAAGAGUGUCCUUGUUACUGACAAUAUUGUGUCUAAUAUCAACAUGGACAGUCCACACAAAAAUUCGCUCAGAUUCCUGAUACUGAUUGCCAAGUCCAGCCUUCAUCAGCCAUUCAUACUAAGGACCUCAUUUAUCUGAAUUUGAUUCAUAAGGGUUUAGUACGAUUUCUGUGGUUUGGUUGUUUCACCAGUCUGGCUUAUUAUGUUUCCCGAUGUAGCGGGACUGGACUGGGUCGAUCACCGGUGACCAGGUAGCUCAAUUGAUAGAGCAUCCGGCUAGUGUUCGGAGGUCCCGGGUUCGAAUCCCGGUCUGGCCGCUACAUUUUCUCUAUUCCUGUUUCACAGAGAUACAUCAUUAUAAGUUUGCAGUUGAUUACCAUUUUCCAGCAUGCAAAUGCAAAAUUUAAUUAUUAAAACAAUUAAACAAAUUGUGAACAGACAAACAUUAAGGUUUCCAUGUACAUGUAUAUAAGUAUCACUGAUCUAACAUUUCUCACAACUUUUGGCUCAAAUGAAUGAAAGUAAUGUAGAUAUAAACUAGUGUGUGAGGAGAGUUGGGGAUAGAUUAAAUCUACACUAGACUAACACAUUUCUGUUACUGUGGUAAUUAAAACUGAGACCUCUGAUUGGUCAACAUGUAGGCAUUGUUGAGUAAAUCUAAAAUUAGAAGUUACUGUUCCAUUUAUGAUAACCUCCUUUGACAAAAUGGAGGCCUCGGAUUGGUUAAAUGGUUCAACCUCCUUUGACAAAAUGGAGGCCUCAGGAUUGGUUAAAUGGUUCAACCUCCUUUGACAAAAUAGAGUCCUCUGAUUGGUUAAAUGGUUUAACCUCCUUUGACAAAAUGGAGGCCUCUGAUUGGUUGAAUGAGUUAACCUCCUUUGACCAAUGGAGGUCUCUGAUUGGUUGAAUGAUUUAACCUAGCUCCUUUGACAAAAUCGAGGCCCCUGAUUGGUUGAACGGUUUACAGAAGUGACCAAUAGGGGUAUUUAUCCUCCAAAUGACAAUUCUGUUACAAUAUUUCAAUUUACCUACUCAGUUUAUGCACCUUAUAUUGAAUGUGUCAACUGUUUGAUGUGAGAGAGUCAGCUAUAUUAAUUACAUGUUAAUAAAUGUAGCAUAUAGAAUCAGAGAAAUAUGAGGUUGUGAGUAUAUGCUCAAGCCAUUUCUGGCACGAUUUAUAGAAGUUAUAUUAUUAUACAUUUUUCAUUUUAAUCAUAUGAAGCACUUACACUUAUGAAGGGGUAUAAUUCAUGUCAUUUUCAUAACAAAUUGUAUCUAGUGUCUUGAAUCACGGUUCAGAAUAACAAAUAUUCAGCAUUUUGUUCCAUGUUGAAACUGCUUGUUCAUAGAAUAGGUUUAAGAAAUAUCUUUGUACAGUAUUUAUGCAACAAAUCUGCAUAUUUAAUGUUAUGUAUUAUAGAAGUUAAAAACAUAAUAUUGUUUCUACGCAUUGAUAUGUUUUGUUCCUAUCAAAACAGUUACAGCUUGUUAUAGGUCAGUUUUUGCUGUGUAGAAAAGAUGGAGAAAUCAUUUUAACAUUUAUAUGUAUCAACUCAAAUCCCUGUGCAAUUUUAUCAAAAUUUUUGUUUUAAAAUAGAUACUGGUAUAUAGUAUUUUGAAAAGUUACCUAGAAUGCCUGGCACUUUUAGAUUUUUUCCAAGUAAUGCAGCCGACAUUGUCCAUCUAUACAGGUCAUCAUUAUAGUUUUAAAGACUAACAAUUCUGCCGCUAGCUUAGUACAGAACCUUUAAGUUAGUAGAAGCAAAACCAACAGUAUAUACUGAUAAAAUUGAGGAAAAUUUGGUGGUCAGGUCAAAUAUAGUGUUAAAACACUGACCUUUCACCCUGCCGGCGGAGGUUCGCUUCCCCUAUCUGACAUGAAAAGCCAAAUGUAUGUGGUCUCCCGGACGACCACAUCAAUAUAUUAAGUUUACAAAGCUGGAAACUGUUUUAAAUGACACUGACUGUAUUUAUAAUUUACAGACAGUUUGACAAGAAUGUUAUUUUUUCUGUGAUACUGAUUUCUUAUGCACUUGAAUAAGUCUUAAUUGGUUUUCGUGUUACACGUGUAGAAAUACAGAAAAUACAUUCCGACACUAAGCCGGUACCGAGGUAAUCUUUGGCUAAGUAGUACCAUUAUUUAAUAUUACCAAACUGAAUUUUCAAAGUCUUGUUUGUUUCUGUUUUUUAGAUGUAGCAAGUUAUAGAUACAAAAUGUAUUAUAUUUAUACAAAUAGCUGUUGGUACAUGUCACCCUCAAUGAGUAGGGAUAUUAUGACACUGUUGCAUCUGUACUUAUGACUGUAAACAUGAUUAUUUUCGCGGGGGGUUAGUUUCGCGAUUUCAUUAUGUAAACUAUACAUGUGGGGGUAAUUUUUGCAAUUGGUCCACUUACACUUGUAGUUCAAGAUUACGCAAAUUGAUAUCAAAUAAUGUGUGUGGGAGGAAUUUUCGCGAACAAAAGGAGUCCCCAUAAUUAGCGUAAAUUUUCCCCUCGCAGAAAUUUCAACGUUUACAGUAUAAAAAAAUUGGCUCUAAGUUUUCAUUCCUCUGAUGUUGCUGGUAUAGGCAGUAGAAACAUUGCAUUAGUAUUCCUCUGUUUAUGUUAUACUGACAUUCCCCUGUUUAUGUUAUACUGAGAUUCCCCUGUUUAUGUUAUACUGACAUUCCCCUGUUUAUGUUAUACUGACAUUCCCCUGUUUAUGUUAUACUGAGAUUCCCCUGUCUAUGUUAUACUGAGAUUCCUCUGUCUAUGUUAUACUGACAUUCCCCUGUUUAUGUUAUACUGAGAUUCCCCUGUCUAUGUUAUACUGAGAUUCCCCUGUUUAUGUUAUACUGAGAUUCCUCUGUUAUACUGAGAUUCCUCUGUUAUACUGAGAUUCCCCUGUUUAUGUUAUACUGAGAUUCCUCUGUUUAUGUUAUACUGAGAUUCCCCUGUUUAUGUUAUACUGAGAUUCCCCUGUUAUACUGAGAUUCCUCUGUUUAUGUUAUACUGAGAUUCCCCUGUUUAUGUUAUACUGAGAUUCCUCUGUUUAUGUUAUACUGAGAUUCCCCUGUUUAUGUUAUACUGAGAUUCCCCUGUUAUACUGAGAUUCCCCUGUUUAUGUUAUACUGAGAUUCCUCUGUUUAUGUUAUACUGAGAUUCCUCUGUUAUACUGAGAUUCCUCUGUUUAUGUUAUACUGAGAUUCCUCUGUCUAUGUUAUACUGAGAUUCCCCUGUUUAUGUUAUACUGAGAUUCCCCUGUUAUACUGAGAUUCCCCUGUUUAUGUUAUACUGAGAUUCCUCUGUUUAUGUUAUACUGAGAUUCCUCUGUUUAUGUUAUACUGAGAUUCCCCUGUUAUACUGAGAUUCCUCUGUUUAUGUUAUACUGAGAUUCCUCUGUUUAUGUUAUACUGAGAUUCCUCUGUUUAUGUUAUACUGAGAUUCCCCUGUUUAUGUUAUACUGAGAUUCCCCUGUUUAUGUUAUACUGAGAUUCCUCUGUCUAUGUUAUACUGAGAUUCCCCUGUUUAUGUUAUACUGAGAUUCCCCUGUUUAUGUUAUACUGAGAUUCCCCUGUCUAUGUUAUACUGAGAUUCCCCUGUUUAUGUUAUACUGAGAUUCCCCUGUUAUACUGAGAUUCCCCUGUUUAUGUUAUACUGAGAUUCCCCUGUUUAUGUUAUACUGAGAUUCCCCUGUUAUACUGAGAUUCCCCUGUUUAUGUUAUACUGAGAUUCCCCUGUUUAUGUUAUACUGAGAUUCCCCUGUUUAUGUUAUACUGAGAUUCCUCUGUUUAUGUUAUACUGAGAUUCCUCUGUUAUACUGAGAUUCCUCUGUUUAUGUUAUACUGAGAUUCCUCUGUUAUACUGAGAUUCCUCUGUUUAUGUUAUACUGAGAUUCCCCUGUUUAUGUUAUACUGAGAUUCCUCUGUUUAUGUUAUACUGAGAUUCCUCUGUUAUACUGAGAUUCCCCUGUUUAUGUUAUACUGAGAUUCCCCUGUUUAUGUUAUACUGAGAUUCCCCUGUCUAUGUUAUACUGAGAUUCCCCUGUUUAUGUUAUACUGAGAUUCCCCUGUCUAUGUUAUACUGAGAUUCCCCUGUCUAUGUUAUACUGAGAUUCCCCUGUUAUACUGAGAUUCCCCUGUUUAUGUUAUACUGAGAUUCCUCUGUUUAUGUUAUACUGAGAUUCCCCUGUCUAUGUUAUACUGAGAUUCCCCUGUUUAUGUUAUACUGAGAUUCCCCUGUUUAUGUUAUACUGAGAUUCCUCUGUUUAUGU